AUAAGUAAUGACAAUUUUACUGAUACAUGCAUAACAAGCACAGAAAAGAUGACAUUAAUAUAUGAUAUUGUUAAAAGGGACACAGAGUCCGAUUCAUUUUUCAAAGACGGCAUUAAAAAAGUUCACUAUGUGAUAGUAAUUAGUCGAAAGGCCGCUCUAAACAAUGAAGGUUUGAUACAUAAAUUCAUUAGAAGUCUCCAAAUGGCAGGACUCGAAUUUGAGCAAUCAUUUGGCAACACAAUCCCCGUUAUCUUUAUUAAAAUUCAUCUGCCCAAACAUGUAGAAGACACCAUCUCUCAAAGUCUGCCAGAAUGGGGUGUUACGAAAAAUCACACCAGCAAAUUUCUGGAUUGGAAAUAUUUGAAACCUUUUGGAACACCUCUCCAAGACAGGAUCCCAUAUGUAGAUGGGGAAGAGGAUUCGGCCAGCAAAAUAUACUUCAUAUGUGAAUUAUUAAGUGCUGUCAAAUACGGCACGGAGGAAACUGAACGUGGAAUUGAGUCUUUACUUGUUAAGGGACUGAUAACAGCGAUGUACCCACUUCACGAUGGCAGACUACAGUACGACGACUGGGAUUAUGAUGAGGACCUUAACGACAGAACUUUAUUGGCGAAAUAUUGGGCAGACUUGUAUUACUUUUAUAAGUUUCAGCCCAUUGACAUGGUAAAAAAAUACUUUGGGUUGGAUAUUGCUUUUUAUUUUGCAUUUAUGGGGUUCUACUCAUUCAGUCUUGUACCAAACGUUAUAGUAGCAUUGAUUGUGACGUUCUUAAGUAUUGCAAACUAUUUUAUAUACCAAAACGACGAAGUGGAAGGUCUUUUGUGCAAAGAUCUAGGAAUUAACUUAUGCGGUUAUUGUGUGGAGGAUAAAAGAACAUGCUACCAGUUCUUCCUGCACCAUAUUUGCAAAUCAUUGGCGAUCAGUCUAAUUCUAGACAACAACAUAACCAUAAUUUAUCCAAUGUUCACUGCUUUAUGGUCGAUUAUGGCAAUGUCUUGGUGGGAACAACGAGAAGUGGAAUUGAUUCAACACUGGAAUUUAACCGACGAGCGGAUAAUAUUGACCGAGAGAUUUACAUUUCAGUUUCAAACAACAUACAGGCAUUUAGUACGAUCACAACUUGUGAUUUAUAGACCUUGGUAUAAAGUGGUUAUAAAAUUUAUGGUUACCUGGAUAGUGGUGGCCGUUUGUGCACUUGCAAGUAUUGGUUGUGUCAUCCUCAAUGUGUGGUUAACAAAUUAUCUCAAAAUUUGGUACAUUUCUUUAACAUAUGAUCCUGAAACCGGAGUGGCAGCUGAAACCUCAUUCUUCUUCAACGUUUGGCUAAUGGCAAAUCAAGUUUUGAUGGUGCGACUCUGUUUCGAGUUUUACAAUUCAGUUACAGCUCGGCUUGUACAAUUCCAAGAUCAUAGAUAUAUGGAAGAUCAUUUUAAGUGGUUUUUGUAUGUACGAUACAUGUUUGCUUUCUUAAAUCACUAUAUAUCCGUAUUCUACAUGGCAUUCUUUAAAGAUCUCUUCUAUAACAUACCAUUUCCCUCCACAUAUGUGCCAUCAUUUCUUACAUACAUAUCAUACGAAAAAUGUCAGCCUGCCAACUGUUUGGAUGCCGUUGCAAUUACUCUAAUGUUCUUUUAUAUAAUAAUUCUUGUGCAGUUAGUGAAUGACUACCGCCACUCUUAUAAUAAGAAACAACAAAUGAUGAAAAUAGUCCUGCCUCAAUAUGAAAAAGAAUUCAAAUUAAACACUUCAACCAAAUAUAAGCAACAAAUUGACUUUACGGAAAUAAUGAUUCAACAUGGAUUUCUCACAUUUUUCUCUGCAGCGAAUUUAUUCAGUUCGAUGAUGAUACUUGUUAUUUCCGUUUUAAGGAUGCGUCUAAAAGCCUAUAAACUCAUGUAUAUUUUAAGGAGACCCCCACCGAGGAUAAGAUAUAACGUUCAGUCUUGGAACAGGCUGAUAUCAUAUUCGACACUUUGUGGACUUUUGGUUAACGCACAAGUGAUGCUUUUUACAACGGAUUACUUUACUAGAAUGUAUUUUCGAGAAGACAGUAUCUUCUUAACGUAUAUGAGACACUUGACGGUCUUUGAAAAGAAGACUAGAUUUAAUGAAAGCUCAAUGACCACGUGUUUCUUUAGAGACUACCGUUACGAUGGCGGAACAAAAUUGGAAUAUAAUCUAAACAGGGAUUAUUAUAGAGUGUUUAUAGCAAAGGCAAUCGGUCUUAUGGCCUUCGAAAGUAUCUUCGUUGUGUUUAUAGGGAUCUUCAAGAAGUACGGUAAAUUUUUCUAUAUACCUAUGCAGAAAAAGAAAAAGCUAAAACGAACAAAGCCGGCCGAAACUCAGGUUUAAUAUUUAUUUAUUUAUCUAUUAUAUUUACAAUGUUAUACAAUAAAUUUAUAAAUAGAAUUUUUAUAAAUAAAUUAUAAAAGUUAACUUGUGCAAA